AUGGAAUCACAACCAAAGAAGAGGAAAUUCAACAACUCUGAAAAUGACUCUGUAAAAAUAAUACUCUCAGACAAUGAUCCUCCCAAUGAAAUGCACCUACCAAUGAUGAAUCAUCUCUUAUCGGGAUUGAAAAAACAAUUACGAGGAAGUAAGGUAAAGAAAUUUGUUACUGAUUUCCUUCCGACCAAUUCCAUUCUCAUUAGCGAUCCAAAUUUUAAUUUUAAUUAUUGGAGUGUGAUGAUGAUUGUUUAUUGUUGUUCAAUGGGGCAGCUAUUUGUUGGAAAGGAUGAUUGUAUUUAUGUAUUUAAUUUGCAAAGUGGGUUGAUGGAGAGGACUAUUAGUUUAAAUAGAGAAGAUUUUGAAGAGUUUCGUUCGUUUCAGGUGGAUGACGAAGGGGAGCAUAUUUAUUUAUUUCGUAAACAUUUAUUGACAAAGAAGAAACUUGACGAUUCAUUGACUCUGGUGUGGAAUGUUGAUAUUGUAAGCCCCAAUUCAAAAUUAAGACAUGAAUAUGAUAUGUAUUAUUAUAGAUCAAAGAAUGAAAUUUACAUGUACAGGCAAGAUUUCAGGAAUAAUAGAAUGGAUAUUCGAGUAAUUAAUGCCAAAGAUGGAUCGAUUAAGAGAAAUAUGACAAUAGAAUUCGAUUCACGAUUGUAUUUUGUAGAUGUAGCAUCUAAAUCCACAAAGAUGUUUUGUGAUGAAAAAGAAGAGCAAUUAUAUUUCGUUGUUAGAGUGGGACUUUUUGAUAACGACGAAGUAUCAGAUGAGCACUGGAUCGCUAUCUGGGACGAAAAAUCAAACAAAGUAAGCCUCAUUGAGAUCGAUUAUGAAAUUGAUUUUAUUGCAACUCCAGCUGAUGCCACCUAUUUCGUGUGUUAUAGUGAUAUGAUAGGAUAUGUCUAUGACAAGAAAACGAACUCUUUACUAAUUUCAUUCCCUCCAAUUUCAGAUCCUAUUUUGCAUUUUGAAAACUGUUCUCAGACAUUUUUUCUUUCAGAUACGUCAUCAGUACCUAACUCAAUUAGAGUAGAGAAAUUGGAAAUAUCAACAAGUAUUAUCGAUACUCCAUUGAAGAAUGAAACAUGUAAGGAAAUUGAGCGAUUGGGUAAAUUGCCAUUAAUUAUCCACCAAAAUAAGAAUGGAGAAUUGCCAGAUUGUGUGAUCUAUUUAACAAGUAUUGAAUUUGUAGAUUGUAAAUUAUAG